AUGGGAGUCGUCACAUUUCUCCUCUUGACAGGUCGGGCGAUUUUCUUCAAUGACUGGCAGGUACUCGAGUACGCAGCAGGAAAAGCUGCUUUACCAUUGGACCUCUUACAGCAGCACGAAAGCGUGAACGAAUCUGGAUGCAAUUUUGUGCGUGAUCUACUACAGACGGACCCUGAGCGACGACCGACAGCCAGCUCGGCGCGCAAACACGAGUGGCUGCAAAACUUACAUGGUGACGAAGACGUUGACGAGCAGGACGUUGAAAGUCCUUGCGUCACAUCACCGCAGGCUUCGAGCGCAGUUUCAGGCGUGAGCCGCCAGAGUCCUUCGACUGCUUCCAAUUCCUGGUCAGCAACCGAGCUCCAGACAUCAAAUAUGGCGCUAGUAGCGAGUGCUUCCACUGGUCCCGAGCAGUGGCCUGUGAUGAAUGGCACCAAUAAUGACUCCGGAGCGGAUUUCCAAAGAGAACAGGUCAUUCUGGAUGCGAAUGGCCGACGAAAACUUGGACGAUCACAGAUGUUCUGCCCUGAACCAACGCUAGUAGACGAAUUCAACACUCCUGUGGUCGUGGUCCCUGCACAAGAGCCAGCGGAAGAAUCGAAUGUGUACAACCUCAAGCUGACCAGCCGCCACGAAGCUCUUGUUCGAGUCUCGGCGGAUGAAGCAGCGUUCCCUACAGGAAUAAGCGCUAUUGCAUCUGAAGCAAUCUCCCCGCAUCCAGAGGAUGAUCGAAGAAUGUACAAACCACCGUUACGAGAGUCGCCGCAAACGCCCAUUCUCCCACCGCCCAUGUCUCGUGGAGAAUUGAACGAAAAGCUUACGAUUCUAGGUGCACCAUCAAAACGGUGGCAAGUGGUGCGAGGAAAUCAGACAAAACAAGACCUACGUUCUGUAGAAUUCUCCGCAGAUGGUCGCUAG